AGGGCGAAGCUUUGAGCUGCCGGCAGUGACAACAGAGGGCACCAGAGACUCCGGCUCAGCAAAGCCAGGGCAUAAAUGGAGCGCUGGAGGAGCGCACGGGUUCAUUGCUGGGCUGGGACAGCUGUGCCCUGCGCUGACACCCGUGGCCACCACGCAUCCCCUUCCCUGCCAGGACCUGCGUGCGCCCGCAGCCUUCCCGGGAGCAGCUCACAUGGAGCAGGGACAGCCCAGCACGGACAACUGCACUGACAGAAACGCACAUGGUGUCAUUGUGCUGUUUCAGAUGGUUCUCUACAUCCCAGUGGUGUCUCUGGGGAUCCCACUGAAUGCAAUUGCCUUCUGGGUCUUCUGCUGCAAAAUCAAGAGGUGGACGGAGACCAAGGUGUACAUGAUCAACCUCAUCGUGGCAGACAGCUUCCUGAUCUUCACCCUGCCUUUCCUGCUGUAUUUCACCAAGUACAAGCAUCCUGUAGAUGGGCUGUGCUUAGGCAUACAAAACAUCUAUUUUACAAACAUGCCUAUGAGCAUCCUUAUCAUCACCCUGAUCGCCGUCGAUCGAUACAUUGCCAUCAAGUUCCCUCUAAAAGCAAAGGUUCUUCGAUCCCCACUGAAAUCAGCUUCUGUCUGUGGCUUGCUGUGGAUAGCACUGAUAAUUUAUGCCAAUUUGUACCGCAUACUUCACGGUGACUGGGAAGGCUGCUGCUUUCAGAGAGAAUCUAUCCAACCUAGGUAUUCUGCUGUGUUCUACAGUAUCAGUGCGUAUUUUAUUCCCUUAGGGAUUGUGACUUUUUGCUCAGUACAAAUCAUCAGAUGUCUAAAAGAGAAGAUGGCCACAAGCCCUGAUGAGACAAAAUUAUUCCAGAAGGCUGUGCACAUUGUUUCAGUGAAUUUGUGUGUGUUUGUUGUCUGUUUCUUACCUUUUCACAUCUCACUGCUUCUGCGGUUUGCAGUGGACGCUGCUGGAGCUCGUUCUCUGGUACCAGGAGUUACAACCUUUAUUAAGCUCUCUGCAUCCUUAGCAAAUUGCAACUGCUGUCUGGAUGCAUUUUGCUAUUAUUUUGCAGCCAAGGAAUUUCCAGAGUUUUCUUCUAUGUUCCCCAAGUGUGUAUUUCUGAGGUCCAAGACGAACCAAAGCGAGGAGUCACAGCCAUCCAUGGAUGAAGUGGUGGCAUAACCAAGGUGCAGUGCACGGCAGGUGUUGAGUGCCACAAUGCUGCUCGAGUUGGAGGCACAGGGAAUGCACCCACCCACAGUGUUUGUAACCAUUGUAGGUGUAGGCAUAUGUACAGAAAGGGACAAACCCCUCCAAAGGGUCUGAUGUAAACUUGAAUUUUGUCCUGCUGUCCCCAGUGAGGUGACUCCAGCUCUGUCCUGUGUCAUUGCAUCGCAGCUCCAGGCCCCUCUUGGGGACAGCUUGUCUUGGUUGGCUUCAUGGUCCCUCACUUUCAGUGUCUUUUGACUUGUAAACCUCUAAAAAAUUUCCUCCUGGGACUGCAAGCUCAUAUUCUGGCUCAUGUACACUCAGAGGCAAUUAACUUCCCUAGUGACAACUGACAUACAGCUCCCCCCAGUCUGUCACCACGCAGUGACACUCGUUCAGACCACAGUCU